AUGGACUUCAUCCCGCAAUUCAAGCCCACCGGUACCAUCUCGGUCAGCCCCCCAGGCGGGACUGGCCACCACGGUCACCACGGUCACCCGCACCCCAUGCCUGGGUUCCCCCACAUCGACUUCAACUUUGCGACCGCCACACACGUUGGGUUCAAGGCGCUCUGGAUCGUCUUUGGCCUCUUCACCGUCGGCUUUGUCGUCUCGAUGCUCAUGGCUUUGAGGGUCGAGAAGAAGGCUCGGCUCUUCCACUGGCUUUCCGCUACUGUCCUCGGUAUCGCCAUGAUCUCGUACUUUGCCAUGGCUACCGGCCACGGUGUCGACAUGGUCAAGACCCACUGGGACGGCCACGCGCCCGAGCGCCACAUCCUCUUCAGGGAGGUGUACUACGCCCGUUACAUCGACUGGCUCUUCACCACCCCCCUCCUCCUGGUCUCGCUCGCAUUCCUCGCUGGUCUCUCCCCCGCUGACACCGUCCUGACCAUCCUCUUUGACCUCGGCAUGAUCGUCACUGGUCUCCUCGGUGGUCUUACCCCCGCCCGAUGGCACGAUGGCGAGGUCGCCCGCUGGUCGUUCUUCGCCGUCAGCUGCGCCUUCUUCCUCGGCAUCUUCUACGUCCUCAUCACCGGUGGUGUCAAGGCCGCUGGUCUCCGCCCCCGCAAGACCCGUGGUCUCUUCUACCUCCUUGCCGGCAUGACCGCCGUCCUCUGGACCGCCUACCCGAUCGUCUUUGGUCUCACCGAGGGCGCCAACAAGAUCUCGGUUGACGCUGAGAUCAUCGCUUACGGUGUGCUUGACGUCGCCGCCAAGCUCGGCUUCACCUUCAUGCUCCUCUCGAUCCACUCUCACGGCGAUGACGACACCUACACUCUCCCCGACUGGUUCGUCAGCCCCCGUCAGGGCCAGGCUGCCGACGGCCGUGGUGGCUACGGUGCCAUCCGUGUCGGUGACGAGUAA